UAUAAAGACAAAUGUCGUUGGCUAAAACCAUCAUCAUCCAGAUCAUAUUUGCAUAGCUCACGGAAACUUUUGACCCAAUUGAACCAAAUGGCUCGAUCAUCAGUUACGGCUACGGUUCCGAUAGGCACAAUCAUAACGGUGUUAGGCUUGUUUCUAGCUGGUGGUUUUACGCAUGCCCGAAGCCCGACAACCUACACUGUCGGAGAUCAAUACGGGUGGGGUCUGCGUAAUAGUGGUGAUAUUUGGGCAAGAGGCAAAACUUUUUAUGCGGGAGAUUUUCUUGUGUUCAAGUACAAUAAUUCAAGAUUUAAUUUGAUGCUUGUAAACCAAACCGGUUACGAUAUGUGCACACCAAACGACGGAGCGCUAGAGUUUAAAUCCGGCGAGGAUAAGAUAAACCUUCCUUAUGGUGGUAGCUAUUUUAUCGGAACACGUAAUCCUACUGACUGUUUUUCUGGUAUGAAGCUGCAAGUCAAUGGUUUGGCCCCAUACUAAAGAACAAAUCAUCAACAUCCUUCUUUUAAUGUAUCUCUCAAGAGCAAUUUCUUAAUGAAAUAA